AUGAAAGAAGGCAUGCUCCCCUUUUCGCUCAAAGCGACUGACUUAUUCUGCAAAGUCGUGGACGAGCUGCUCCAAAGCAAGCAGAACGUGCAGUUCUUCAGUCUCCUCCACACGAAUCUGUCAGGCAUCAUGCAGUGGCUGAAAGACUUGUCAGAAAGCCCCGAUGCAGAUACUUCGCAGGGAGAAAUCCUCCAUUUUUUGAUUCUUUUCGAAAACCUGCUCCAGUGGCCGGGCCCUCCUGGUAAACACCUCGAGUCUCUCGACCCCAUUACAUAUGAUUUGGGGUGGUUUCCUCGACUGUCAGACUUCGUUCAACAUCCUGAGAUGGGCAACGACCUGAUGAGGGCAUUUGCUUCAAGUCCCAAUACCUCAAAGCUCCGUCUACAACUGUUAGGGUCGCUCGAGCUAUUCUCCAAGAGAUCCAAUACAGACCUCUUCAUCGAACACCCGAAGCUGGCCGACUUUGUUCAGACAAGCAUCCAAGAAUCAGAUACAGGGGACUAUCAGUAUCACCUUGCUGAGUUGCACAGAGUGCUUGCGAUGAAUUCGAUAUGUCAACGCAGAGAUGAAGAGACGGCCAUUGGUGUUCUCUCGAAAGAGUAUUUCUGUGAUACGAUAUCGCAUCGGCAGCAAGCACAGCUUCGACUAGUCAAUCAGGGCGACAGCUUGGGCGUCCAACAGUGCGCACCGUUAUCACGAUUCUUCUGUCCACAGACUUCAAGCAUCAAACUUUCCGAAAUACUCGGUGAUCAGCUCACGCGAAAGCAAAGACUAACAAUAGCUUACCGUCUGGCCAACGCUGUAUGGCAGUUUUACGAUUCAACUUGGAUGCGUAGGGAAUGGAACAAGGACACUAUCCAUUUCAUGCUGGAACGUCGUGGCAAUACGGCCAAGGCUGUAUACGUCGACGAGCCAUUUCUGUCGGCUCACUUCCAUGAACCUGAGCCUUUGUCCGAGGACAAGAUGAGGUUCCGAUACCACCCUUUGCCCAAGGUCCUGGCGCUUGGGAUCAUGAUGUUGGAGGUCGAGCUGGGUCUCAAGAUUGAAGAUCACUGUCAAAAUCGACCCGAAUGUUACGACGCCGACGGCAACCUCACAGUCAAUGCAACUCACAUUAUCGCCAUGGAAAUCUUCAAGUCGUCAGACCUAUGGGAGGAGAAGGAAACAUUCGAACCAUUGAAGGAGCUCAUCGGAAAUUGCUUGACUGCGGAUCCGUUCAGAAACAUUGUGGAACAUCCAAGGCGAAUUCGCGAUGCCAUCUACAGUCACGUCGUUGUGCCACUGAAGAAGUUGUAUGAGACGGCUUGGGGUGACUUUGAAAAGUCGGCCGUCCGACCUAUCCGCAUGCAGUCGGAAGGGGCUGCGGUACCUUUGAAUGCUGGGCUCCAGCGUCUCGCGAUCAGUGCAGGCGACCGACACCGCACUAUGACGAUGUUGCCAGCGAAGGGCUCGGUCUGCGAAGCAGAAGUCAGGUUCGUUCAUUCUUGUCAAGUCUUCGUUGAUGUCUUCGAGGUCGAUAUGGCUAACGUCAAUCGCAGUUCCGCUCCUACCUCCGAUAAAUGGUUUGAUAAGUUCGAGGGACUGAAGCUUGUCACGCGCCUUUCUCCAAGCCAACGCGACGCUUCAUACGCACCUGCCAGGGUAGCUAUCCUGGACACCGGAAUCGAUAAGCGAUACUCGCCGUCUAUCGUCGAUUUCCGAGACUUUGUGGACUAUCGGAAUGUCAAGCCCUUGGACAGUACCGGGCAUGGAACCUAUACAUUCUCAUUGCUGCAGAGGGUUCACCCGGAGGCCCAGGUUUUUGUUGGCCGUGUUUUUAAAGAGGGUCAUGCAAACGAUGAUACCGCGAGUAUCAUGGCCAAGGCCAUUCGCCAUGCUCGAGAAGUUUGGAAAGUCGACGUCAUCGUCAUGCCAUCCGGCUUUGAAUGCGAUAACGAAGACAUGUUAAGGGCAAUCGAGGAAGCAAACGCAGCCCACGUGCUCAUCUUUGCCGCCGCCGCAAACCAUGGAAACCUCUCAAACAUCACAUUCCCAGGUCGUCUCUACCGCUCUGAGAAGACGUUCUGCAUGUUCUCUACAGACGGCAAUGCCAGGAGUCUCCCAGCUUUUAAUCCUUCGCCCUUACCAGGUGCUCGCAACAGCUUUGCGAUCUUGGGACAAGGCAUCAAAGCCACGAGUGGUCCUCCUGCAUCAGGGACCUCACUCGCGACCGCGAUUGGCGCAGCGCUCGCUGCGCGCAUCAUUGACUUCUCGCGACAUCAAGAUAUCCGGGGCCGCAUUCGCAAACCGGAACACUUGAAGCGAGUGGAGGGCAUGGCAUCGGUGUUUGCCAAGAUGGCGAGGAUGGACGGCGGUUACCAGUGCAUCGCCCCGUGGAGACUGCUGCCGUUGAUGGAAUACGAAGACUUGAUGGACGUGUCUAAUCGUCCGUAUGUCCGCCAUCGUAUUUGCGAGGUCAUCUCUGGGGCCUUGGAUGAGGUCUACGGAUGA